UAAGCUGUUAGUGAUAGGAAUUGAAUGUAAAGUGUUUGAGUUCGAGUAGUUCGACUUAAAAAUUGAAACAGAACCAACUCUAUAAUCUAUAGUUUUUGCUGUAUAGGAGUUCAUUACGCGUUUGUACAGAGGUCUUACUAUAAAUUUUUUUUACUGAGAUUUUCUGAAGGACCAGUUAACUAAAAAGAAAGAAAAAAGAAAUCAUAUCAAUCUGUUGUUGCUCAAGACAUGCGAAAGAAAAAACACUAAUAUACUCAAAACAGUUAUAGUCAGGCACUUAUAGCUCGCUAUGUCUCAUAUUAAUAAAUUUGGUCUGCUGGGAGGAAACUUUAAAAAACCACCUCAACGGAAAACUAGAUUGAACCGUUCAUAUGAAGAGUUAACUCCCAUAUCAUGGAGUGAGUAUUUUGAAUAUAAACGCUUUGUUGACAUUGAUGGUAACAGGUUUGCGACCUACUCAUUGGGCAAUGUUGAAUCUGUGCUGAUUGUUUUGCUCCACGGUGGAGGGUUUAAUGCUCUCACGUGGUCUCUUUUCGCUAAAUAUUUAGUAAAACAAUGUGAAUGCCAAGUCUUAGCAAUUGAUCUUCGAGGACAUGGGAAUUCAUUUACUACAGAUGAUAAUGAUUUAUCAAUGACUACUUUUACUAACGAUAUCAUAAGUUUAUUACGUAAAUCAUACCCAGACAAAAUGCCAUCAAUAGUUUUAAUGGGCCAUAGUCUUGGUGGAGCUAUUGCUGUAAAUAUUGCUUCUACAGAGGAAUCAGAUUUGCCAAUUAUUGGUUUGGUUGUUAUUGAUGUGGUUGAAGGUUCAGCAAUGGAAUCAUUAGCUAGUAUGCAGAGUUUUUUGAGAAGUCGUCCAAAAUCAUUUAAAAGUUUAACAGAUGCUAUUUCUUGGGGAAUGGGAAAUGGUCAUAUAAAAAACGAAGAAUCUGCCAGAGUUUCUAUUCCAGGACAAAUAAAAAAUAUUGCCACUGGUAAACUUGGUACGGAUGAAUUUGAAGAACCACCUAUUGAUACUCCAGUACUAACAGAAGCUAUCUCAGAACCUCAAUAUUCAAUUGAUUCUAUUAAAGAAGAUGAAGAGUUUGGCGCAUCUUCAAUUUCUAGUAAAAAACCAUUGGGUAAUUAUACAUGGAGAAUUGAUUUGUGUAAGACAGAAAAACAUUGGCCUGGGUGGUUUCAAGGACUUUCGAAAAAAUUCUUGUCUAUACAUGCACAAAAAUUGUUAUUACUGGCUAACAUAGAUCGUAUGGACAGAGAUUUGACUGUCGGUCAAAUGCAAGGUAAAUUUGAAAUGCAAGUAUUACCUAGAGUUGGGCAUGCUGUACAAGAAGAUGACCCAGAAAAAGUUGCUAGUAUAUUGUCAAAUUUUUUGGUACGAAACAAAUUCGCAAAUCCAACUGGAGAUUUUGUUCGUAUUCUUCCUGGUUGUUAAGUAUGCAGCUGAUUAAUGGCUUUCUCAAAUCAAUAAGAUGUCAAUAAGAUGGUUAUGUCAAUUUAAGAGUUAGACAUAUUUAUAUAUUUUUAAUAAAAAUGCUUAUAACUAAAACAAAAACAUUAAAUUAUAUAAACAAUUAUGUAAAAUGACAAAUAUAUAAGAAAAUGUACAAAUUGUAUCCUAUUAAUAAUUAAUACUGUACUUAUAAUAACAAGCAUGUGUAAUAUAUAUUUCUAAUGCAGUUUACAAUAAUCUGUAUUUUUAUACAUAUAAAAUUUGAUUUUGUGAAGUAUUCUUAAUAAACAAUUUUUAAUAUGUAA